AUGUGGCUCCUUGACACGACGACCCUUGUCCUACGUGAGUUUCAGUCUACGCCGCCGCCCUACGCAAUCUUGUCACACACAUGGGGUGAAGGUGAGGUCUCCUUCCAAGAGCUUGGGACCUUAGAAGCAAAGGAGAAAGCCGGAUACUGGAAGAUCGAACGAUGCUGUGAGCAGGCCAAAUCAGAUGGAUUUGAUUAUGCCUGGGUGGAUACUUGCAGCAUCGACAAGCGCAGCAGCGCCGAGCUCUCUGAAGCAAUUAAUUCCAUGUUUCGAUGGUACUCCCAGGCCCAGGUCUGUUACGCAUACCUUGCAGAUGUAUCGUUGCUGCCUGCUGGUGAUAGAGAGAAGCUCUCCAGCAAGCACCUCACUUCCUAUCCGCGACCAGUCUGGGGUUUUCCGUCGAGCAGAUGGUUUGAGCGUGGCUGGACAUUACAGGAGCUUAUUGCGCCUAUGCACGUCGUGUUCUACGACUGUGACUGGGUAGAGAUAGGAACCAAGGCGAGCCUGCUAGAGGAUCUGGUGGAAAUCACAGGCAUUCCGUCCGAAGCGUUGAUGGAUCCGCUGUCCAUCCGGCGUAAUUGCAUUGCAGAGCGGAUGUCGUGGGCAUCGAAGAGGCAGACGACCAGAGUCGAAGACAUGGCAUAUUCCCUCCUGGGCAUAUUCGGGGUCAACAUGCCGCUCUUGUAUGGAGAAGGGACAAAAGCCUUCCAUCGCCUGCAACGACAAAUUCUCGCCGAGUCCAAUGACCAUUCCAUCUUCGCAUGGACAGCGCCAGACCCACCGAAAAACUCGACCGAGUCGCAUGGUAUCAGCGUCCUCGCGGAGAGUCCUGCCAUGUUCAGUCGCGAACGCACGGGACCUGUCACCCAAAAACCCCUUAGUUCCCUCCCCAUGUCUUCUAUACACCCAAUCACGAUAACCAAUGUUGGCCUGUCCAUGGUACUGCCUAUUAUUUUCUUUGAUGGGUGUUGGGUUGCUGUGCUGGAAUGCCUGUGCAAGGCCGACAGUAUCGGGAUCUACGUGACAGGAGAUCCAACCACGCCACGACGCUCCAGGAUGCGCCCGCAUCGUCUCUUUUAUCUGCUCAGCGACAAGCUCCAGAAUGUCCGACCUCAAAGUGUUUACAUGUCUACCGACAUGCAAGACGCGGCUCCCACUCCCGGCCACAUGCAGGUACUUCUGACCGCUAACAUCAAUUGCAAGCGACAUGGCUGGGACAUGAUAUACUCCUGCACAUGGCGGCGGCCAUACUCCGGAGCUGCGUUGAAAACACACUACCAUCGCAGACUGUGGGCGUCAAACCCGCCGCGGGGGGAGCCGUCCUUGGAAUUACACACACUGUCCGUCACUGACUUCACUCCCGUGACAGAAGGAGAAUGGCUAGGCAUAUCAUUCACGGCCGUCCAUGGUGACGCUUUCAGUCUGGUCUUCGGACCCAAGGACGGCCGACUCUGGUGCCAUGGGAUCGUGGGCCUUCAAUUGUUGCAGUUGGAGCACAUGGGGGCUCCCGCCGCCGUGCAACAAAUGUUUUCAGAGGGUGACGGUGGAUUCAAGGCUGAGCCAGCCUGGCCAUAUUUCCGGGAUCGAGUCUCUUACGCGUUGACUGCUUCGUCCGAGAUGCAUGUAGUUAUCAAGCUCGUAUCGGGGCCGCCAUUGCCGACUUAUCGUGUCGAACUGACUCAAGAGCAGAUACCAGAUACAUAG